AUGGAGAAGGAAACACCCACGGCUGUAUCACAGCCAGACUUCGCAUCGUCGCCCAAGACAAAGCAGACGGAGCACGCCGAAGACGUCACCGCCGUCGAGGCGCAAGAAGACCUCAAAGACGUCGCGGACGAACACGACCUGACACCCCGAGAGCAGUACCAGAAGCUGUGGGCCAACCUGAAAAAGGACCGGCACUAUGUCUACUGGGCACUGUUUGUCAUGUCCCUCGUCUUCGGCUGGGGCUACGAUGCCGGUCUCUCGGGCGCCGCCAUCGCCUUUCCCAGGUUUCGCGAAGACUACGGCAACUACUACUCCAACGGCGACCAAUGGGUCAUCCCCGCCAUGUGGCAGUCGCUCUGGAACGCCGCCAGCACCAUCGGCCAGGUCUUCGGGGCGUUCCUCACCGGCCAGUUCGCCGACUACACGGGCCGGAGGUUCAUGUUCUGCUCCGCCAUUGCGCUGUCCUGGGCGUCGUCCUUUGCCCUCGUCUUCGCCCCGAACCUGCCCGUCCUCUUCGUCUCCAAGCUGCUCCUCGGCUUCUCCGUCGGCAUCUCCACCGUCACGCCGCCCCUCUACGUCACCGAGAACGCGCCCGCCGCGCUGCGCAGCACCCUCAGCUCGCUGACCAACGUCAUCAUCGUGCUGGGCUUCUUCCUCUCGUCGCUGACGGGCUACGGCUCCUCCCACAUCGACGGCGCGUGGAGCUACAAGCUGGCCUUUACCAUGACGUUCCUCGUCCCGACCCUCUUUGCCUUUGGGCUGCCGUUCCUACCCGAGUCUCCCGUGUGGUACGUCAAGCGCGGAAGGAAAGACGACGCCCGCAAGGCCAUAUAUAAGCUGUAUGGGAAGAACGUCGACAUGGAGGAGAGACUUGCCUUUAUUCGAUCUGAGCUUGAGGCAGAGGCCGGCGCCGAGGCCAUGGCCAAGCAGACGACGUGGAAAGCCAUUUUCUCCAAGGAGCACCGCGCGCGGACGUUUGUCGCUGUCCUUGGCCUGCAGUCGCAGAAUUUCUCUGGCGGAUAUUUUGCGAACACCUACCAGACCUAUUACUUCCAGCUCAUCGGCCAGACAAACUCCUUUGGCUUGACGGCCAUCUCCUCGACACUCCAAUUCUGCUCCAACCUAUUCGCCGUCUGCCUCUCAGACGUCCUCCCGCGACGACGUUCCCUCAUCGGUGGCGGCUCGCUCCUGUGCGGCUGGUCGCUCAUCAUCGCAGGCACAUCCAUGGCCGGAACGCAGAAUUACGCUGCCAACACGGCCCUGCUCGUCUUCAUGCUCACCUGGUCUAUGCUAUACACCGGGACCGUGGGCUGCUUCGGCUGGGCCGUCGCGCAGGAGACGGCCGCGCAGGCGACGAGGCCCAAGACCAUUGCCUUUUGUCUAGUGUGCCAGCAGCUCACGGCGCUGCUGCUGUCGUCCGUGUUCCCCUACUUCAUCAACCCGGACCAGCUGAACUGGGGAGGCAAGGUCAUGUUUCUCUUCGUGGCGUGUGAGGUGGUCAUCCUCGCGGGCCUGUUCUUCUUCCAGCCGGAGACCAAGAACCGCACGUACCAAGAAAUAGACUUGCUGUUUGCGGAGAGGGUUCCGCCGCGCAAGUUUAGCAAGUUUGUUGUUCGCGACGGAGUUGUCAUGAAGAAGAAGCAUGCCUCUUAG